CUGAACACCAUUGGAAACCAUCAGGGCAUCAGACGGGAGCUACCGAACCCAACAGCCGCCAGCCGGACCCGAACUCCAGGCACGGCGGUGUUUUCUAACGAACAAGCCCGACUCCGUCCCGUCCCCGAGAUCAGAGCCCAAUGGCAUGAAUGCGCUCCUGUUCGAUCGGUCUUCGGGGAUCCUGGGGCCGAACGCAUUCGCCCGGCUCCAGACGGCGGGGCUGCUUGCGUCCUUCUCGGCAGCCCCGCGCUUCCGCUUCGACGGCGGCGAACGCCCUGUCGAGGACGCCGCAGGCCAGCCAGCAGGUAGCAGCAGUGUCUUGCCUUCUGGUCAAGGGCCUGAUGUCUGGAGGGUUUCUCUUUGGGCGCACCAGGCCGGUGUGAGCGCCCUGGCCCUUGAGCGGUUCGAGGGACGGAUGUGAGUGAGGAAGAGAACAACAUCCCAAGCCAGGCACGCAGGCCCUCCUGCUCUGACUGACCAUGUC